GAGUGGUUGAGUUCAGAGAGGUGAGUGCCGUGCGCACACAGCAUGUGUGCAUGUGUGCUGAGCAAUGGGGUGGAGGAGUGGUUGAGUUCAGAGAGCUUGAGGACGUGGACCUCCCAAACUUGUGCCACGUGGAAGCUGGUAGCAAGCCUGCUGACGUGGCAUCGCCGAACCACGGCGAUGGUUCCAUAGCACGCCCUAAACAACCAGCAGUUUCUGCCUGUUCUGACGUGGAUGCUGAUGCGGGCAUUUCGUCCCUCCUCACACCAGCCCAAGAGGCGCACAGGCAGCAGCUAUACGCACAGACAGACAGAUUCACCCACGGGUGGUUGGCAGCAGGUAGGCGGGUGAGUGCAGGGAGGAGGGCAGGUCGGGCCAUGCUGGCUGAAGCAGGGGUUGCCACCUCAACAGCAGCAGCAGAAGCCGAAGAAAGGAGAGCAGCCGAGACUGGAUCAGCAAAGGCUGCAGCGGCAGAGGGUGGUACGGGGGCAGUCAAUGUGAUCGUUUCUUCCGGGCAGCUCAUUCCAACCCUUGUCAAAUGCCUGUUGUUCAGCCUCGAUCCCUUCAUCUGCUCGACCAACAUCCACAGCUCUCGCAGGGAAGGCAAGCUCGUGUGCUUCAAACGCAUCCGAGACCGCUUCAGCGACCGUCACAGCAACAGGCACUCCGGCGCGGUUACCAGCACCGUUACCAGCACCCUGGAAGGGAUUGCUGCAGAUGCUGUGUGCUGUAAAACAUCCCAAACGGUGCGAAGCGGUGAGCAUCGGUUUGUGGCGGUGGGGGAUGGGUGUGAGGAGGCAGCAGCGGCACGAAUCAUGGGGUGGCCUUAUGUGAGAGUGGAUGCAGCAUGGGAGGACAUGCGCCUGACAAGCAUGUCUUUGGCACAGAUACUGCAGGCACGCGCGGGAUGA